AUGAAAAAACAACAUUUCCUCAUAGGAAUUACACUGAUUUGUGUGCUCUUCGUUGUUGUGAACUUUUAUUCGAGAAAGAUGCAUUCCUCUAAAAUAUUUUCAGAAGACAUUGCUUCUGAAUCAGAUCGGACAAGAGAAGAAAUAAAGCCAGGAGGAAAUCUAGAAAAACACUAUAUACCGGAGGGUAAUCCUUUUGAUAUGCAAUCACAGGAAUAUGACAACGAUAAUUUCAAAUUCAGCAAAUCUAGUCAACCAACAAAAACAUUGACAACAACAACAGCUACCUCUACGACAACAAAAUUAAUUACAUCAACGACAGCAAUAACAAAACAACUAAAUAAUGUGAAGGAAAUAUUACCAUUAAAAUCCAAAAAGGAGAAUUUAAAAAAGAAACCGAACGUUUCCAAAUCAAAUAACACACUAUUAGAGAUAAAAAUGAAUCAUUUAAAGAAUAAUAAUACAGCUACUGUUACGGCUCGGGUCAAUAAAAGUAAUAGGUCUUCAUCAGCAGUUAAAGGAAAUUUAUCAAAACAAUUAUCAUCAAAUAUUGCUAAAGUGAUAAAUACGACAUUGUUGACACCCAAAGUCAAUACUGUAAGUGGAGUGCGCAUUUACUCCUGGAACGGUUCUUGGAGCCUUUCUUCCAUGUGUGAAGGGUUACAGGUCAAAGACUUCCAAGAAGCAACCCUAAACACAAUGUCGGGGCAGACGCCCAUCUUUGUUUAUUCAGAAACGCAGGACAAAUAUGUCUCUCAUGAUAUUAUAAGAACUGGUUGGUGGGAGCAUCAUCUCGCUGUUCCUAUGGUAACCAUGAUGCAACAAGAUCCAUCCUUGACGUUUUUAGAUAUUGGCGCCAAUAUAGGAGCGUUUACAUUAGAAAUCGCAAAAAUGGGUAGGAAGACAAUUUCUGUUGAGCCUCUUAGAGACAAUAUUCAAAGACUGUGUUGUUCUGUUCAUAAAGGAAAGCUCGAGUCCAUGAUAACAAUCGUUGCAAAUGCAAUAUCAAACAAACACCUUCAAGUCACGUUGGGAAAAGACCUUGAUAAUGUUGGCGGAACCUUUGUUAAUAAAGACAACCCUGCAAAAGUAGCUCAGAUAGUUAUGAAUGGUGAGUAUUCUACUCCAGUCAACACUAUAUUAUUGGAUGACCUUCUUGGACUUCCUGAAAAACCAAAACGAGUCUUGAUAAAAAUGGACGUAGAAGGCUAUGAACAGUACGUUUUGGAAGGUGGAACUUAUUUCUUCAAGCAAGUUUUCGUUAAAGCCGUUUUUAUGGAGUGGACAUACAGCAAUAACCCUUCUAUCAGAGAUUCAAUAAUUAAGUUUAUGGUGAACAGAGACUUUUUGCCUUACUCAUUGUCUAUGCAUGAAAGCAUAUUGGAAUCACCUUAUGAUGCUUGGCCGGGAAAUAUUGUAUGGAUAAACCAAAUUAAGAAAUGAAUAAAUCAGU